GUUGUCCUUGACCGAGCUCGUUGCUGCCGACAACGAUGGCGCCGUACUUUUUGCGCAACUUGGUCCCCAGGAAAGAGCAGAGAGCACAGGGCCGCCCGCUGCUGACCGUGCUCGCGACGCUGUCGUGGGUGCAGUGGGCGCACUUCUUUUCGGGCUGGCUGGCAUGGACGUGCGACGCGAUCGACUUCUUCAGCGUCUCGCUCAGCGUUACGAAUCUUGCGCACCAGUUCGACAAGCCACAGAAAGAUAUCACGACUGCUAUCACGCUCACGCUCCUCUUCCGCUCCCUUGGUGCGGUCAUUUUCGGUAUCAUCUCUGAUCGGUACGGCCGGAAAUGGCCUCUCUUCUGGAACAUGCUCCUCGUCUCCGUCCUCUCCCUCGGCUCCGGCUUCGUCAACACCUACCCUCAGUUCCUCGCCGUCCGCUCGCUCUUCGGUAUCGGCAUGGGCGGUGUAUGGGGCUUGGCUGCCUCUACCGCCCUCGAGAACCUUCCCGUUGAGGUCCGUGGGCUUGCGAGCGGUGUCGUGCAGCAGGGAUACGCCGUCGGCUACCUCAUCGCCGCGGUCGUAAACUUGCAGUUGGUCCCAUCGGUGAGCGCUGGGUGGAGGAGUCUCUUCUGGACCGGUGCCGGGGUCAGCGCGUUCGCGGCUUUCAUCCGGGCGCUCCUCCCCGAGAGCGCGUACUUCCUUCGCGCAAAGGAGGCGGAGAGGCUGCAUGGCACGCACAAGACGCCGAAGGAAAAGACCCGGAUAUUCCUGCGCGAAACGAAGGAGAUGCUCAAGACCCACUGGCUGCUCUGUAUAUACGCCAUUCUGUUAAUGAGCGGCUUCAAUUUCCUGUCCCAUGGUUCUCAGGAUCUGUACCCGACGUACCUGCAAACAUCCAAGAAUUUCACCCCGCACAACGCGACGGUCGCCACUAUUAUCGGAAACUGCGGUGCUAUUGCAGGAGGCGCCAUUGCCGGCUGGCUCAGUCAGUACAUCGGCCGUAGGCUCACAAUUGUCAUCUUUGUGCUCCUCAUUGGCGCGUUCAUCCCACUCUGGAUUAUCCCCUCGGGUUUCGGUGCCCUCUCCGCGGGCGCAUUCUGCAUCCAGUUCGGCGUCCAGGGCGCCUGGGGCGUAAUCCCCAUCCAGCUCGCGGAGAUGUCACCGCCCGCGUUCAGAGCCACCUUCCCUGGUGUCGCGUACCAGCUUGGUAACAUGGUUUCGUCGGCAUCUGCGCAAAUUGAAGCUACUGGCGGCGACAACCUGAGAACGACCAUCAUCAAGAACGGCCAGCCGACUGAAGUCGCCGACUACGCCACUGUGCAAGGUAUCUUCAUCGGCGUCGUCGCCGCGUUUGUGAUCGUCAUCACGAUAAUCGGUCCCGAAAACCACGGCUCGCACUUCGAGAAGCACAAGGCGGCGUUCGAGGAGGGCGCAGGACGUGACGAGGCCAUCGCCGAUGACGAUGAUGUGCAGCAACUACCGACUUCUAUGGGCGAGAGCAAAGGAAGUUCGAGACCGGACAGUAUAAGGGUGGACGAGGAGAAGCGCGACAGUCCCGUGUAGUCGACGUCAGGCGAUGACGGGUGGUAUACCGGUGUGUAGAGGUGUGAUGACUAUUGACGACUUUACCCUGUAUUACUAGUGUCUUGUUGAUGAUGUCGGUAUGAUACUUAUAUAAUGCCAUUGCAUCCUGCACUCUGGA